GAUGAUGGGCUUAAAGUGGCUAAAGUGAGAAGUUGCUGAUGAUUAUCCGUAAGAUCCCGUAAGGCACUCAUCAGCAAAUUAGAUCAAAGUAGGACGAUAGGCGCUGUUUCCGUAGCCAUUUUCGCUGAAGCAUUUCGGCUUGGACUACUUCCAGCCAUGCUACGGUCUCAAAGCACCAGCGUGCACAGCAACGUGCUGCCUUGGCACGCACGACGUGCGUGGCCGACGCAGCGUGCCGUUGAGGCCGUUGAGGCUCGGCCGUUGAGGCCGCUCUUUGGAGCCCAACUGGUGGCUCUGGUGGCUCCCGGAGCUCUCGUUUCUUCGCUCGCGUCAAAGUCACGUGGUUCGUCACGGCACGUCCCAUCACAGCGGAGGAUCCACACGGUGCGAAGAGGGCUCGUUGAGGAUGUGGAGCAGGCAUUGGAAGAGCUGGCAAACACUGCAGAAGAUGCUCUUUUGCAUGUGACCCGGCUGCCAGCCUGGCUGUCCUCAGAGCGGGACUCGCGGAGAAGUGAGGGGAAACGCCAAGUAGUGGUGCUGGGAACUGGCUGGGCAGCACAUGCCAUUGCGAAGAUCAUUGAUGUGAGCAAAGUGGAUGUGUGCGUGAUCUCGCCCAGGAAUUAUUUUGUUUUUACUCCCAUGCUCGCCGCAGCAGCUGUCGGUACGGUGGAGUAUAGGUCGAUUCUCGAGCACAUCCGGAGCGCCAAUCCGACGGUCGACUACUACCAAGGCACCUGCGAAAGCAUCAACAUGGAAAAGAAAGAGCUCCUGAUUCGGCCGUAUCCUCCAGGUCUGGAGAAAGACUUUGUUCUUCCAUAUGACGUUCUGGUGAUGGCCGUGGGGCUUCGUCCCAGCUCUUUGGGAGUGCCAGGCGUUAGCACUCACUGCCUUUUUCUCAAAAACAUCGAAGAUGCCCGGCGCUUGCGAAAGCAAGUCACACAGAACUUCGAGGCAGCAGACCUACCCACAAAGGAUGAGGAGGAACGCAAGCGGCUUCUGACAUUCGUGGUGGUUGGAGGAGGACCCACUGGAUGUGAGUUCUGCGGGGAGCUCUCUGACUUUGUGAAGAAUGAUCUCCGCCGCUUUUAUCCGAAGCUUGCUCCUUUGGUUCGCAUUCUGCUUCUACAUCGUGGGGCUAAUGUUUUGCCAUCCUUUGGUAAGGACCUGCAGGUUGCUGCUGCUGAGACCUUAGAGAAGCAAGGAAUUGAAAUCUUUACGAAUGCAGCAGUGACAGAGGUGAAUUCUGCUCAAGUACAUGUAAAGAUGAAGGGCAAAACAGAGGACAUGAUCCUUCCAUGCGGCCUCACAGUUUGGGCUGCUGGGCAGAUAGGCCAGGAGCUGGUGAGACAUAUGCAUCAAGAGAUCCCACAGCAGAAGGAGCUAGCUCAGGAGAAAGCGAACGGGAAUGAUAGCCAGCUUUUUGUCGAUCGGUGGCUACGUGUUUGUGGAGUUCUGGAUGGCUCCAUGAUCGCGCUGGGCGAUUGCGCACGGAUGAAGGAUGAGGAUCCAUUGCCGCAGACAGCGCAAGUCGCUGCACAGCAAGGAGCCUUCGUAGCACGCAUCCUCAACAAGCAAUACGACCUUGCUGCAGAGAUACCCACCCUUCCACCUGGUGGCAAUGACAAUCCUUUUGAUGUUGCUCGCUUUGCAUAUAUCCGCGGCCACACUGAAGCCAUGCCGUUUCGAUUCUUGGACUUGGGAAGGCUAGCAUAUUUAGGCCAGUCACAGGCAGUUGCAGAGGUGGGUGUUGGAUCGACCACGGUUUCGCAAGCCAAAGGCUUGGCUGCCUUUGUGUUGUGGCGGUCUGUGUACAUAGUCAAGCAGGUGAGCUUCCGCAACCGUGUACUGGUUCUCUUUGAUUGGAUCAAGAGCCGGCUUUUUGGCCGGGAUUUGACCCGCUUCUAGGACAGGACUUGCAAUUGGCAAAUAUGUCCGGGUACAGAUGGGGGACGAAGAAGACACGGCGGACCCCUUGCAUGAAAAGCGAGAAGCCGCGAGGAUGCACAAGUCUCCAACCUACUAGCGGUCUCCCACCUAAGAGCGCUGGGGCCCUGUGAUGAGAA